GCCUAAAUUGCUUCUUCUAUACACAUUACUGGAGUGCUUCCAAUAGUUAACCUUUUCUUUCUAUGGAGCUACAUUUUAUGCUCUUAACUAACAUUUUUCUGCUUUCUUUCAUUUUACUUAUUGCAGAUGCAUGGAUUUAUGCUCAUGAAGUAGUUGAAGAUGGGGAACUUGGUGAUGAUGCUGAUGAUGUUAAUUUUAAUGGUGAAGAGAGAUUCUAAUGGUAAAGGUAGUAGGAAAAGGGGGGUAGUUUUCGAUUUGUGGGGUGAAGACAAGUAUGAAGAUGCCAUCAAAUUUUCUUUCUAUGAACCUACCAAAAAUUGUUAUGGAAAGAAACUUCAAUUGACAGUAGAGAAGCACAAAUAGUGAAAGAAUCCAUCAAUGCCUUCACCUCUUCCUCCUGAACCAGUUGCUUUCAACUAUGGUUGUGAUGCAAAUCAUGAUAUCCCUCUUACUACAGUUACUAGACCCACUAAGGAAUUGCAGAGGAAAGAUAGGGAGAUUGGCCAUGGAAGUUGAAUUUAACUGACAGUAGGAGCACAGGAAGUGUAAGCAAAAUAGAGGCUUUAGCAAGAGGUAACUUGCAUUUGGUGUUAUGUUUUGUUGAUUACUCAUCAUAUCCAUGUCGUGGCCUGUUUCUGUUGCCUUUGAUGGUUUAUUAGCCUUUCAUUCAUGCCAUGACAGUCUAGAAUUUUUGAUUUUUUGUUUUGCAGAUUGGCCACCAUUUGCCUCAAUUGUUCAUAAUGAUAUACUGAUUUAUCUAGAAAAGUCGAUGUACAUUGCCUUUUGAUCAUUCUUAGGAUUGGUUCUGUGCUUUUUCUGGAAUGUCACAGCUGCUACUGCUGCAUACAUCAAAGGGGAAGGAUGGAAGCCAGGCGGUAAUGAGACUGCUUCAGUGAAUACCUAUCCAAACCAAGAGGCAUCAUACUGGGGAUUUGGAUCUAGUCUUGCCAUCAUGGAGAUAGUUAACAAAAUCUUACAAGAACUAAGAUCAACCACCACAGUUUUGAAUGUUACACAAUUGUUAGAAGAUUAGAAAGAUGCUCAUAUCUGUUUAUGGUGAAUGGAAGGGCAAACUCUUGACAGGGAACAGAGAUCUUAUCUUGAAAAUUUUGCCGAUUGUGUUCAUUGAUACUUACUUACCGGGACUGAUACUUGGAAUGAUAUUUUGUAUGCAUAUUUGUUGAACGGUUGUGAACAUCUUUGUGAUCUGAACCUCCUUCUAUCAAGUGCCUAUUUAAGUUGUUUCUUUUCCUUAGUUGUCUUAUCAACCCCUCGCAUCAGAAGUUGAACCUGCUGCUACUUCUAGUAAUUUACUUUGCUCGGCCCAAGUUGGUUAUUAGUGUCUAACUUUACCUAUUUCUUCUGCUACUCCUGCAUGAAAUAUCCAUCAAUCAAGCCUCUCUUUAUCAGAAAGAAUAGGCUUGCAAUUGCAAUUAAGAAGAUCUAUUGUACGCUACUUAUAAUCUGCUUGGCCCAACUUGUUUCUAUGUCCAAUUUCUUGAAUACCUUCUUCUUCUAGACCUACAGGUACACAAUUGAUUCUGCUAUAUUUUCCUUUUGAGGUAUAAAAUAAAAGUAAAAAUAUUUU